AUGUCGGCAAAUAGUGUGAAAUACGAGCGAUUAGUCUCCAAAUUAGAUAAAUUGAGUCUCACUUUGAGUGUUUGUGACAAUCAGUCUAACAGUGAAUUGAAUGAAAAGAUUAAAAGCUAUGAAUUGAAGGCAUUAUCGAUGAAAGAGUGUAUCCGACGGCUGAAGAGCUGUGCCAUUGAUCUGAACUCAGAGUUCACACAAAUUGAAGAGAUUUUGCACAACGUAUGGCCACUUCUGCACACUUUCGAGAGUUUAGUCAAAUUGGAUCAGCUGUUGACACAUUUGGCCACAAUUGCGACAAUCCACAAGAACUUAGAGACACAUGUGGUUAACAGUAAGAAUAGUAAGGACUUCGAGACCAAAGUGGUUACUAUCAGUGAGUGGUUCACAGAACUGGUCAAUGAGUACAAAGAUUUCCAUGAAAUACACGGCAAUGAGAUAAUGAGAGACUAUUUGUGGCACAUUAUAGUCCAUUGGAAACCAAUUAUCAUCAAUGCUUUGAAACACAAGUUGAGCCUAACUUUUGAAGGCAUCGAUUGGCCGACAAUUAAUGCUCACAAUAUCACUGACCAUAAGAGCCAUUCAAACGCCGAGACUAUCACUUCAUUUGUCUUGUAUUUCAACGCUUUAAUCACAAUUGAUAUGCAAUGCAAACGAUUGUCACAAACACCUGAUUCAGACCUUCUUCUGCCCAUUGAAGUGAUGAUAACUCCGCUUAAGAAGCGAUUUCAAUACCAUUUCAUGGAAACCAAAAGCAAACUCAAUAGACUUGAAAAGCCCGAAUGGUAUUUAUCGCAAACUCUGGUAUGGAUUCGACAAAACGAGACAUUCUUAUCACAAACUAUUGAUCCAUUGCUAAGAAGCCAUUCGAGUCAAUUGGUUCCAUCGAAACUGCAAUUGAUUAGUGGUUUGAUUGAAUGCCUGACCGCUAAACUCAAACACGAUUUGCCUUCACUUGUCUUCGAUGACAAACUCUUCACGCAUACCGUCGAUGAAGUGUUGGUCUUUAGUCGCGAGCUCUUAGACAUUGAGCCCAAUAUAUAUCAAGUGUUUCCGAAUUGCAAUCUAAUGAAUGUCUUCUCUUGUGAGCCAUUCUUCACACGAAUCAUAACUCUGGAGAAGAAGAAAUCGACAGAAUUUGUUGAAUUGAUUGUCUCAUCGAAGAGCGCAUGGAAUGAGAUGUGUGGCCACGAAGGCAUCGAUGAGUUGCGGAUCUGUGAGUGCGGCGACAACUUUGUGCUAAUGCUUCAGUCCAUAACCAACCGGUGCUCUCUGUUUACGGAUAACUCACUGAAGUACUCAUUCGUGAGAUUACAACUCGAUAUAUUGGAUGACUUCCGACUGCGACUCAUCCAAUUGAUCCACACGAGUGACCAGUCGUGGCCGCACUCUCAACAACUAUAUAUAACGAGACCUCAACUCCAUUUCGCAACACUUAAUGAAGCGCUAAAACUACUGAACCUCGAGAGAGGCACUCAUCUGCUCCUCAAAGACAUUCUGGUCGACGACCGCAAUAACACCGACGCGAAGGUAGCCCUCAAAGAGAUGCACAUCUCCUCUAUAUCUCCACAUUUGGCGCUAAAUAUAAUUCAGAAAAGAAUUUACGAGAAAUAG